GUGGAGUUCUGAAUCUGAUAUUGGGACUUCUUCCUUAUGAUGAACCCACGGGCCUUUCUUAGACAUUGGGGUCACACAAAAGAGAAGUAUUAUUUGUAAACGUGUCGCUAUAACAGGUUCAUAUCCUUACCAAUGUAGAAGCCAGCCUGGGGAGCUUGAUAAUGAAAUUCGGAGAACUACUGACUCCCAUCGGUUGGUGUGGGAGAAUAGCGAAUGGGGUAGUUCCGUCCGUUGCUGAGUGAACUGGAUUGCUCGCCAACAACAGCCUCUUCACACAGUGAUCAUCAACAUCGAUAUUCUUCUACUUGGCUUUUCACUUUGUCAGCCAUUCACUCCACCAACCCAUACCAUCCUCAACCUUUUGCUUUUUUUUAAAGAAAGCAUGGUUUCACUUGUCCCAAUCCCACUCCCAAACCAUUGAACCUUUGAUACACUAGCAACAAUGCCAACCCUUAAACAGCUAACCUGCCAUGUCGAAUGGGCUCCAACUGAUAUUCCCUUCAAGGAAUAUGGGAUAGCUUACGGCGAUGGCACCGUGGAAAGCUAUAUUGCCAUCCCCUCAACGUCGUCACCAUUCUCCGUCAGUCUCAAGUCCAACGGCUACAUCGCCCCGGGUCUGGCCAUGUUCGUUUUCAUGGAUGGUGUUUAUCAGUGUAACAGGAACAGAGAUGACCUGAUUGCUACGGAAGGCAAACCCAGAGAAAAAGCCAAAGGAGAUAGAGGGAAAGGAGCGCGUAAAGGAGUGAAUUUUCGCGUGAGACAAAAAGAAGAGAUGCGAGGUGAUGGAAAGUGGAUUGGGAGACCAUGGAGAUUUGAACCGCUGCAGAUAAUUCCAGAAGUGCCAGGAAUGCCAGAUAUUGGCCCUAAGAGUCAUUUCGAUCACCUUGGAGAAAUAAUGGUGAUUGUCCUCCGCUGCGUACCAAGAAAUGGCGGUGCCGAUGGGCUGUCUGAUGGCUCCCGAACACCAGAUUCAGCCAUGGCACCGAGUCUUGAUCCCAACGAUAUCGACGCUGCGUUGAGCGAUGAGGAGUUUGAAAUCGCCAAAGCAAAGUAUAAUAAGAAUCCAGAACCGGAGCCAGCUCCUGGAGUCAAGCCCCAGCUAGAAUACAUGCAAGUCAGCGAUCAAGACGGACCCACGAGCGGGAUGAAGACUACUGUCCAGGUUGUGACUCCGCGCACCAUCGCCCACGGAACGCAGAAAAUUUCACACCUCUGCCCUCGCACAGCAGCUCGGAUAUUCGUGGGAAACAGGCAUCAUAUGAUCCAGAGCCAUCAGAAUCUGGCGAUAACUCUUCAUUUUGCGCCAGGCAUAUAUCUAGGACCGCACGAUACUCAUCAGGCCAGCAAGAUCGCCCCCAUAGUUACCAUGAUCGUUAUGGCCGACACCCGGUCAGACGACAUUCUCGCUCACAACGCAGUAGAUCAAGAAGUCAUUCUUCGGAUUAUCACCCUUACAAUCCCAGAGAACUGCGAGCCAAGCCUUCAGGGUGGCCUCGAUGCCGCCACCGACAAAACCACGGAAAACACGACCGCAAUCUUUCGCUAA